ACCUGUGCGUUCUAAAUGUUCUCCCACCCUACAGAAGCAGAGGAUGCUUUUCUAAACAAGGAGAAGGUGCAGAAGGAGGUGAAAGCUGCACCAACAGAAAAUGCCACGCUGAGCUGCGAGGUGGCCCAGGAGAAGAGCGAGGUGAAAUGGUACAAGGAGGGGAAACUGCUCACCUCGAGCAAGAAGUUCAGGGUGGAGUCAGAGGGCAAAUUGCGUCGGCUGGUGGUGAGCCAGGUGGAGAAGAAAGAUGCUGGGGAAUACAGCUGCGAGGCUGCUGGCCAGAAACUGACCUUCAAGAUUGUCGUCACAGAGCCAAAACCUGCAUUCAUAAACCAGGAGAAGGUGCAGAAAGAGGUGAGUGCUGUCCUGGCAGAAAGUGCCACCCUCAGCUGUGAAGUAGCACAGGAUACAACCGAAGUAAAAUGGUACAAGGAUGGAAGACUGCUUGCUUCCUCUAGAAAGUUCAAAAUGGAAACUGUGGGCAAAACCCGGCGCCUGGUUGUGGAGCAGCUGGAGAAGAAAGACGCCGGAGAAUACGUCUGCGAGGCGGCCGGCCAGAAGCUGACCUUCAAGUUGGAAGCAACUGAACCAGAAGCUAAAUUUGAAAAGGAAUUUGUCCAGAAGGAGCCUCUCAUUGUUCAAGAACAUGAUAGCAUCACUCUGACUACUGCAGUAACACCUGAAACUGCUGUAGUGAAGUGGUACAAAGAUGGAAGAGAAAUCAAGGCAAGCAAGAAGUAUGAGAUCAAGAGUGAGGGAGCAUCCAGAACUCUGACGGUGAACCUGGCAGAGAGUGCAGACACUGCUGUGUACGCUUGCCAGACAAAGAAUGACAAGCAGGAAUUCAAAGUAGAAGUGAAAGAAAUCCCAGUGAAGUUUGCCAAGAAGCUUGAAGCUGUUAACGCUGAGAUUGGAGGCAGUGUCACUUUGACCUGUGAAGUGAGCCAUGCCAAGGGGAAGGUGGUGUGGCGCAGGAAUGCAGUUGAGAUCAAGCCCAGCAAACGUUUCCAGAUUCACGAGGAGGGGGUGAAACGAUCCCUGACCAUAACGGGGAUCCGGGCUGAGGAUGAGGGAGAGUACUUCUGUGAGUCCAGAGAUGACAAGAGCAGCAUCACCAUCACCCCCAAAGCUCCCAGAGUGGUGAAAUUUGUUACGAGUCUCAACAAUGUGGCUUCUGAAGAAGGAAAAGAGGCUGUGUUCAAGUGCACCGUUUCCCCCAGUGAUGCUGUGGUCACGUGGUUCAGAAAUGGUGUCAAGAUCGAAGCCAGCAAGAAAUAUGUGAUCUCACAGAAGGACACAGAGCACAGCCUCACCAUCACCGAUCUGACUCUGGAAGACGCAGCUGAAAUCUCUGCCAAUGCUGAGGGUGUAGAAAGCACAGCCAAUCUCAGAGUCCGAGAGGCCUCAAUCUCAUUCAGGAAGAAACUGGAGCCCAAAACGGUUGAAGAGAGGGACACAGUGACCCUGGAGGUGGAGCUGACCAAGCCUGCAGCGGUCAAAUGGAUGAGGAACAGCAUUGUAUUGAAGCCCAGUGAAAAAAUAGAGAUCAAAGCUGAGGGAACAAAGCAUAUCUUGAUAGUUAAGGACAUCUCCUUUGCAGACAGGGGCUUUUACUGCUGUGAGAGUCCUGAUGACAAGACCCAAGCCAAGAUCAACGUGGAAAUGAGGCAGAUCAAGCUGGUGAAAGGUCUGCAGCCCCUCGAGGUCUCUGAGAAGGGGACGGUCACCUUUCUGGUGGAGGUGUCCCAUGAGGAUGUGGAAGGGACUUGGCAGAAGGACGGCGUGAGACUGAAGCCUGCACCAAAUAUCACGAUGGGCGUCCAGGGGAAGAAACAUUCACUGACACUUUCUUCUGUGACUCUUGAAGAUGCAGGGCUCAUCUCCUUUAAAGCAGAAGGCAUUCAUUCUUCGGGGAGGCUCACUGUGACAGAAUUGCCUGUGAAAAUCAGCAAACCAUUGGCAGACAUUAAUGUCACUCAGAAGGACAAGGUCACAUUCGAGUGUGAGCUGUCCAGGCCCAACGUGGAUGUCAAGUGGUUCAAGGAUGGGAAGGAGCUCCGGCAAAGUAAAAAAGUGGGCAUUACUUCCCAGGGAAAUAAGAGAAGUCUCGUUAUUCACAAGUGUGAAUAUGAAGACCAGGGAACCUACACAUGUCAAGCAGCUGAAGACAAGACAUCAGCAACCCUAAAGGUUCACGCUCGAGAUAUCAAGAUUGUUAAACCACUGGAAGAUGUGGAAGUGAAUGAAUAUGAGAGCGCAUCUUUUGUCUGUGAGAUUUCACACGAUGAGGUUCAAACCCAGUGGUACAAAGAUGACAACAAGCUGAAGGCUGACGACAACAUUAGAAUGCGUCAAGAAGGAAAGACCUACUCGCUGACUUACACACGUGUCCAAGUCAAAGAUGCAGCAGAAAUCAAAUUUGUAGCAGAAAAGGCAGAAUCUCGUGCCCAUCUUACAGUUAAAGAGCUGCCUGUAAAAAUUGUGAAGCCUCUGCGAGAUAAGAUUGCGCUUGAAAAACAUCGGGGAUUCCUGGAGUGCCAGGUGUCUCGUGCCAAUGCCGAAGUUAAGUGGUACAAAAAGGAUGUUGAAAUUCACCCUAGCGACAAAUAUGAAAUUGUGAGCGAUGGCGUGUAUCGGAAACUCAUCAUCAACGAUGCAGACUAUGAAGAUGAGGACACAUACACUUGUGAUGCCUUUGAUGACAAAAGCAGUGCUCAUUUCUUUGUUGAAGAGCAAUCCAUUAAUAUAGUAAAGGAGCUGUGUGAUGAGGAUGUGACUGAGCCUGAAGAAGCCAAAUUUGAAUGUGAGAUAUCCAUCCCAUCUGUGAAACCUCCCAAGUGGUAUCUACGUGGAGAAGUCUUACAGCCUGGCAGAAACAUUAUCAUGCAGCAAGAAGGCACCAUCCACCGACUGACAAUACUGAAAACCAGUACUGAUAUGACAGGCACCAUUCAGUUCUCAAUUGGCAAAUCAAAAUCCACAGCAAAUCUGCUCGUUAGAGAUUACCAUAUACAGAUCACCAGGAAGAUGGAGGACAAGACAGCUUUGGAACGCCAUUCAGUCAUCCUGUCCUGUGACUUCAGGCCUUCUCCGAAGGUUGUGAAGUGGUUCAAGGGCCACACACCCAUUGAGCCCUCUGAGAAGUACAAGAUUAAGAGGGAUAAGUAUUCAGCAGAGCUUAAGAUUCUGAAGCUGAAGCCUGAUGAUGCUGGUGUGUACAAGUGCAAGGCAGGAAUUGCAGAGACUGAGGCCACGCUGACAGUUGAAGCCCGCAAUGUGGAAGUAACCAAACACCUGCAGGACGUGGAGAUUGAAGAAGAGAGCUCUGCUGUCUUCUCCUGUGAGCUGUCCCAUGAUGACGAGGACGUGGAGUGGUUCCUGAAUGGCACCCUCCUUUACACCAACAAUUUCAAUGACAUCAAGAACGUUGGCAAUUGCUACACUCUGACAAUGAAGCAGGUCAAGCCUGAGGACGCUGGCACAGUGACAAUGAAGUCAGACAAGGUGUCAGAGAGCGCGCGUCUGAAGGUGAUAGAGAAGCCUGCUGUCUUCCUGAAGUCCUUGGAUGAUGUUUUUGGUGAGGAGCGAGGUGUGAUUAAACUGGAAUGCGAAGUCUCCAAAGAGAAGGUCAAACCAGUUUGGAAAAAGGACGGCUCUGUGCUCACUUCUGGCAACAAGUAUGAGCUGAUACAGUCUGGGAAGACCCUAUGCCUCCUUAUCCAUGACCUCGAGAAGGCAGAUGCAGGUUUAUACACCUGUGAUAUUGGCACUGAUGUUGCCAAGUCAAAGGUCGGCGUUCAGGAACUGAACAUUGGCAUUACCAAACGGCUGAAGAACACUGAAAUCCAGGAGGGAGAAGAUUGCACUUUUGAGUGCAUUCUGUCCCAUGAAAGCAUUGAUGAGUUCAACUGGACACUGAAUGGGAGCAAAGUGGAAAGUGGUGGGCGAUUUAAAGCCUCUAACGUGGGUCGGAAGUAUACUCUCAGUAUCAAAAGUGUGAUUCCUGCUGACGCCGGGGAAGUCGUUUUCACUGCCCGUGGUCUGACCUCCAAAGCCUCUCUGGCGGUGAAAGAAAAACCUACUGAGGUUAUGAAACAGCUGGAGGAUAAGACAGCAGCAGCAGGGCAGGACGUCAGCCUGAGCUGUGAGCUGUCGAAACCCAAUGUGAGCAUCAGGUGGUACAAGGAUGGCAAAGCGAUCCGAAAAAGCCAGAAGUAUGACUUGCAGCAGGAGGGAACACGGGCCAUCCUGAUCAUCCAUGACUCCACAGUCAAGGACAGCGGAGAGUACACCUGUGAGACGGAGGACUCUAAAACAAAAGCCCGGGUCACAGUGCAAGAAAAGCCUAACUACUUUAUCAAGGAACUUUCAGAUCUGAAAAUCGAAGAAAGUGGAACUGCAGUUUUUAUGUGCCAGAGCGAGAAAGCUGCAUCCUCUGUGGUUUGGAGGAAAGGCAUAGCUGAACUCAGACCUGGCAGGAAAUACGAGAUGACACAGAAAGGACAAGACCUGCAGCUGACCAUAAAAAAUCUGGAGAAAAGUGAUAGUGACACGUACACCUGUGACAUUGGUGAUGCCCAGUCCAGAGCCAAGCUCGUCGUACAAGGCCAGAAAGUGCUAAUAACAGAAGACCUGGAAGAUGUCACUGUGUUAGAAGGAGAAUCUGCCAUGUUCAAAUGCAGAAUCUCUCCUGUAGAGUAUAGCAAGGUGCAGUGGUUUUUGGAUAAAACCCCACUCCAUACCAAUGAACUUAAUGACAUCCAGUCUCAGCCUGGCGGAUAUCACUUGCUAACCUUGAAAAAACUCUCUCUGAAGGACUCGGGGGUCAUUACAUUUGAAGCUGGUGAUAAGAAAACAUCUGCCAGUUUGGUUGUUAAAGAAAAGCCCUGCAUCUUCACAAAGGAGCUGGUUGAUACUGAAGUCACUGAGGGAGAGGAUGUGAAUCUUCACUGUGAAACCUCCAAAUCAGACAGCCCUGUAAAGUGGUGCAAAGACGGGAAGAGCCUUAGGAAUUCUUCUAAGUAUAACAUCAGUCGGUCGGGAUUUGAAGCCAAGCUGGUCAUUUACGGGGCAGAAGAAAGAGACAGUGGCAGAUAUGAGUGUGAGGCUGGAGCAGCUAAAAGUAGUGCGGUUAUUACUGUCAAGGAAAUGCCAGUUCUCUUCAAGCAAGAGCUUCAAGACGAAGAAGCUAAAGAAGGAAAACAAGUCAAGCUGACCUGUGAGCUCAGCAAACCCGAUACCCCGGUGAAGUGGAUGAAAGGAGACACUGUUCUGCAUGCCAGCAAGAAAUAUGAAUUUAAGCAGCAUGGUACCGUAGCAGAGCUCAUCAUUCGGGAUGUGGCAUCGAUAGAUGCUGGGGAAUAUACCUGUACUGCUGGGGAGCUGAAGACCACUGCUCAGGUCAAAGUACACGCGGUGCCUGUCCUGUUUAAACAAACCCUGGAGAACACGGAGAUGGAAGAGGGGAAAUCUGUCUCUUUGCGCUGUGAAAUCACAAAAGCAGAUGCCACUGUGGUGUGGAAGAAGGGAGAAGCCACACUCCAGGCAAGUGCCAAAUAUGAAAUGAAGCAGAAGGGGACAAUGGCAGAGCUGGUGAUUCAUAAUGCAGAGCCAGAAGACGCGGGAAGAUACACCUGUGACACUGGAGACCAGCAGACCACAGCCCAAGUCAAAAUUCAUGCCAUCUCUGCACUCAUUGAAGAAGAGCUUCAGAGUCUGGAGGCUCUGGAAGGUGGGACGGCCGCCCUGCGCUGCCGGCUGAGCAGAGAGGCCCCCGUGGAGUGGAGGAAGGGGCACGCUGUUCUCAGGCCGAGUAACAAGUACAGGAUGAGGCAAGAGGGCACAGUGGCUGAGCUGCUGAUCCACGACCUGGAGACAAAGGAUGCUGGAGAUUAUACGUGUGUAGUGGGAAGCCAAAAAACGACAGCAGCCUUAUCAGUGAAUGCCCUGCCAGUCCACUUCAAGAAAGAGCUGAAGAAUGAGGAAGGUACAGAGAGUGGAACAGCCACGCUGCAGUGCGAGCUGAGCAAGGCAGUCAGCUCAGUCGAGUGGAGGAAGGAUGGGAAGGCACUGAUGCCAAAUGGCAAGUACAAGAUGAGACGGGAAGGGCGCUUUGCUGAGCUGGUCAUCCAGGACCUAGACUUGUCCGAUGCUGGGAGUUACACCUGUGUGUGCGGAGAGCAGAAGACCACAGCUACUUUGAGAGUGAAUGCCUUGCCUGUCCUCUUCCAAGAAGAAAUGGUGAACAAGGAAGCAACGGAGGGCCAGGCAGUCACUUUGCACUGUAAGCUGAGCAAAUCGGCUCCCGUUGAGUGGAGAAAGGGGAAUAAAGUCCUCAAACCAAGUGAAAAAUACAAAAUAGAGCAGGAAGGCCCCUUUGCAGAGCUGGUGAUCCAGGAUUUGGAUUCGGCAGAUGCUGGUGAUUACAGCUGUGUGUGUGGAAAUCAACAGACUACAGCCACUGUGACAGUAAAUGUCCUACCCACUCUUUUCACCAAAGAUCUGACCAGUGAGGAAGCUACAGAAGGUAAAAGCGUCUCUCUGCGCUGUGAGCUCAACAAGGCUGCUGCUAACGUGGAGUGGAAAAAGGGGCUCAAGACCCUCAAGCCAAGCGACAAGUAUAAAAUGAAACGGGAAGGUGUCACUGCGGAGCUUGUAAUCCAAAAUCUAGACAUGGCAGAUGCUGGAAACUACUCCUGUGUGUGCGGAGACCAGCAGACUAUGGCUGUUUUAACAGUACAUGCUUUACCUGCCUUUUUCAAAGAGGGUUUGAAGAACAGAGAGGCCACCGAUGGCGGAACAGCCACACUGCGCUGCGAGCUGAGCAAAGUCGGAGUCCCAGUGCAGUGGAAAAAAGGGGACAAGAUGCUCAAAUCCAGUGAUAAGUAUAGGAUGAGGCAAGAAGAAACCUCUGCAGAGCUGUUGAUCCGAGACCUGGAGGUAGAGGAUACCGGAGAAUAUACCUGUGUGUGUGGAGAUCAGAAGACCUCAGCUGUCUUGACAGUGCAUGCUUUACCUGCGCUUUUCAAAAAAGAACUCAUUGAUGUGGAAGCCACAGAAAGUGGGACAGCUGUUCUGCAGUGCGAACUGACUAAAUCCACUCCUGUGGAGUGGAGGAAAGGACAGGAGUUGCUCAAGCCUAGUGACAAGUACAAAUUGAGGCUGAAGGAUACCGUUGCUGAGCUGACAAUCCAAAGCCUGGAGGAACAAGAUGCAGGAGAUUACACGUGUGUGUGUGGAGACAAGACAACUACAGCAUCUCUGACAGUGCAUGCCCUCCCUCCACGUUUUAAAAAGGAACUGAAGAACGUGGAAGCCACAGAAAAUGGUACAGCCACUUUCUGCUGUGAACUGAACAAGCCUGCAGCUUCUGUGGAAUGGAGGAAAGGAGACAGAGCCCUGGAGCCAAGUGACAAGGUCACCAUAAAAUGCAAGGGCACAACUGCAGAGCUGGUGAUCCAUGAUUUAGAUCUGGCAGAUGCUGGAGAUUACACUUGCUGUUACGGAGAUCAGAAAACCACAGCUGCACUAAAAGUGAAUGCCUUGCCCGCACGUUUCAAGGAAGAGAUGAAGGACGAGGAAGCCACAGAAGGUGGAACAGCCACACUACAAUGUGAGCUAUCUAGGGCCGCCCCCGUGGAGUGGAAAAAGAAACACAAAGUGCUCAGAUCAAGUGAAAAAUAUUCCAUGAGGCAGGAAGGUGCCACAGCACAACUGCUGAUCCAUGCUUUGGAAGUCAAGGAUGCUGGGGAGUAUACCUGUGUGUGCGGGGAUGAGAAGACUACUGCAGUGCUGACAGUGCAUGCCCUUCCUGCACUCUUCAAAGAAGAGUUAAGAGAUGAGGAAGCCACUGAGGGUGACGUAGUCACUCUGCGCUGUGAGCUGACCAAGGCUGCACCGGUGGAAUGGAAAAAGGGGCACACGGUGCUCAAAGCUAGUGAGAAAUACAGAAUGAGGCAGAAGGAUGCCACUGCAGAACUGGUGAUCCAUAACCUAGAUGAGAGUGAUGCUGGUGAUUACACCUGUGUGUGUGGGGAUAAGCAGUCCACAGCUUCCUUAGCAGUACACGCACUGCCUGCACACAUCAAGGAAAGCCUGAAGGGCGAGGAAGUAACAGAAGGGAGAACAGCCACUCUGCGCUGCGAGCUGACCAAAAUUGCUCCAGUAGAGUGGAGAAAGGGAAGCACUUUGCUCCAAGCCAGCGACAAGUACAAAAUGAGGCAGGAGGGCACCAUCAUGAAGCUGCUCAUCCAUGACACAGAGCUGAAAGAUGCUGGAGAAUACACGUGUGUGUGUGGAGAACAGGAGACAACAGCUGCCUUGAUAGUGAAUGCCCUGCCUGCACUUUUCAAAGUGGAGCUGAAGAACCUGCAGGCCUUGGAAAGCCAAACAGCCACUCUGCACUGUGAGCUGACCAAGGCUUCACCUGUGUCAUGGAAGAAAGGAAGCAAAAUCCUCAGAGCAAGUGAAAAAUACAUCAUGCGGCAGGACGACGUCCUUGUAGAGCUGGAAAUUCGAGAGCUAGAUCUGCAGGAUGCAGGAGAUUACACCUGUGUGUGUGGAGACCAGCAUACCACUGCUUCUCUGACAGUGAAUGCCCUGCCAGUGGUUUUCAAGGAAGAACUGAAAAAUGAAGAAGUCAUGGAAGGAGCAUCAGUCUCUCUGCAUUGUGAAUUAAGCAAAGCAGCUCCAGUGCAGUGGAAAAUAGGGUCCAAAGUGCUGAAAGCAAGUGACAAAUACCAAAUGAGCCAGCCUGGCACCACUGCAGAAUUAGUCAUUCGUGACUUAGAUGUAACAGAUGCUGGAGAUUACACUUGUGUUUGUGGUGACCAGAAGACAACAGCAACCUUGACAGUUCAUGCUCUGCCACCGCUCUUUAAGGAAGAGCUAAAGAAUGAGGAAGCUGAAGAAGGCGGAGAUGUCACCCUGCACUGCGAGCUCACCAAGGAUGCUCCGGUGGAGUGGCAGAAGGACCAGAGGGCUCUCAAAGAGAGUGAGAAAUACCAAAUGAGGCAGGCAGGGCCCAAGGCAGAGCUGGUGAUUCGUGGAGUGGCUGAGGAUGAUGCAGGAUGCUACACCUGUGUGUGCGGAGAGCACCAGACUACCGCUGUCUUGACAGUGCAGGCUGUGCCUCCAUUUUUCCAAGAAGAGAUGACCAGCGAGGAAGCAGCAGAAGGUGGAAUGGCCACUUUGCACUGUCAGAUCAGCAAGGCUUCCGCUCCUGUUCAGUGGAAGAAGGGCCAUCGCAUCCUCACCCCGGGCAGCAAGUACAGCAUGAGCCAGGAAGGCUGUGUUGUGGAGCUGGUAGUUCACAAUUUAGACUUGAAUGACACUGGAGAUUAUACCUGUGUUUGUGGAAACAAGAGCACCACAGCUGCCUUAACAGUGCAUGCACUGCCUCCAGAAUUCAAGACAGCCCUGAAGGACCUAGAAGCUGUAGAAGGUGGGACAGCUACUCUGCACUGCGAGCUGACCAAACCUGCUGUGGUGGAGUGGAAGAAAGGGCAGGAGGUGCUCAAAGCAAGCAAAAAGUACAAAAUGAGUCAAGAUGGUGCUGUUGCAAAGCUGAUUAUCCACGAGCUGGAUGAGGAGGAUGCUGGAGUUUAUACCUGUGUGUGUGGAGAUCAGCAGACAACAGCCACUUUGACAGUCAAUGCCCUACCAGCACUUUUCAAACAAGAACUUCAGAAUACUGAGGCAGAAGAAGGUGGGACAGUGACCCUGAGGUGUGAGCUUACCAAACCCAAGGCUCCAGUAGAGUGGAGGAAAGGAGAUAUUACUCUCUACCCUGGUUUGAAAUACAAGAUGAAGCAGCAGGGCUCCUCAGCCGAAUUGGUCAUUUAUGACUUAGAGUUGGAUGAUUCAGGAAAGUACACCUGCGACUCUGGACAUCAGCAGACAACAGCUGCAGUAACUGUGCAUGCACUGCCUGUCACAUUUAAGCAAAUCCUCCAAAAUCAGGAAUCAGAGGAAGGAAGUACAGCUACUUUCUGCUGCGAGCUGUCAAAACCCAAUGCUGUAGUGGAAUGGAGAAAAGGAGGAGUGGGGCUGCAGCCCGAUGAGAAAUAUGAGAUGAGGCAGAGGGAAUGCCUGGUAGAGCUCUUAAUACAUAAUCUCCAAUUAGAAGAUACAGGAGAAUACAGCUGUGAUACUGGGGAUCAGGAAACAAAGGCAUCUUUACAUGUGAAAGCCCUACCAGUUCUUUUCAAAAAGGAGCUCAAGGACGAGGAGGUUGAAGAAGGAGCUGCGGUGAAAUUCCAGUGUGAGCUGACAAAGGAGAACGCAACAGUGGAGUGGAGGAAGGGCACCAUGGAGAUCUUCCCAUGCGCCAAAUAUGAAAUGAAAUUAAGUGGCUGCACAGCUGAGCUUGUGAUCCGUAAUGCAGAACCAGAGGAUGCCUCUGAUUAUACGUGUGAUACAGGAGACCAGCAGAGCACAGCAGCCCUCAGAGUGAAUGCCAUCAAACCCCAGCUGAAGCAGCAGCUGAAGAAUGAAGAAGUGGAGGUGGGAGGAACCGCCAAGCUGCGCUGUGAGAUUUCUAUAAGCAAAGCAGAAGUAGAAUGGAGGAAAGAUGGAGUCGUGCUUCACUCAAGUUCCAAGUACGAAAUGUGGCAGCAGGGCACCAUCCGUGAGCUGCGUGUUCACCACUUGGAGCCCGGUGAUGCUGGAGAAUACUCCUGCAAGGCUGGAGAUGAGACAACCUCUGCGAAGCUGACCGUGAAAGAGCCUGAUGUGACCAUUGUGAGUCGCCUAAAGGACAUGGUGGUGUUGGAAGGGGAUGACGUCACGUUUCAGUGCCAGGUGUCUCAUGAGAACGCGAGGGAUGUAGAAUGGAAGCUACAGGAUGUUGCUCUGCAAAAUAAUGAAAUGAAUGAGAUCUCAGUGGAGAAAGGAAAGAUCCACAAGCUGACACUGAGGAAGGUGACUGAGCAGGACAAUGGCACCAUCACUUUCCGAGUGGGACCAUACACAUCCACAGCAGAGCUCACAGUAAAAGUGCCACCUCCAGUCUUUAAGAAGAAAUUACAGAACACGGAACUGCAGGAGGAGGAAACAGCCGUCCUGCACUGCGAGCUCUCCCAGCCUAAUGUUGCAGUGGAGUGGAAGAAGGAUGCCCAGGUGAUUUCCCCAGGCUCCAAAUAUGAAAUCAGACAAGAGGGAACAAUCCACACUUUAAAGAUUUAUCACUUAAAACCAGAAGACUCAGGCAAAUACACCUGUGAUAAUGGAAAUGAGCAAACGACAGCCACUUUAACUGUUAAAGCCAUUCCAGCGCUCUUUGAAAAGAAACUCCAAAACCAGGAAGCUGAGGAAGGUUCUACAGUCACUCUUCGUGCUGAGCUCUCCAAACACGAUGUACCAGUGAGGUGGAAAAAAGGGUUGGUCUUGCUCCAGGCCAGCAACAAGUAUGAGAUGAAGCAGAUGGGGUCUGCUGUGGAGCUACUCAUCCAUGAUCUACAGCUGAAGGAUGCUGGAGACUACACCUGUGAUUCUGGUGAUGAGCAAACUAUGGCAUCCUUGGUAGUGAAAGCUUUGCCAGUAAUUGUCACAAAACCACUCCAGAAUCAGCAAGCUGAAGAAGGAGGCACCAUCACUUUAAGCUGUGAAAUCUCAAAAGCAAAUGCCACUGUGCAGUGGAAGAAGGCUGGGAAGGUGCUGCAACCAAGCAAUAAAUACAAGAUGCGCCAAGAUGGGUCCAUGGCUGAGCUGACAAUUCUCAACUUGAGUGAAGCUGAUGCUGGGGAAUACAUGUGUGAUACAGGGGACCAGCAAACCACUGCAGCUGUGCAUGUGAAAGAACCAGCAGCAACCAUAGUGGAGAUGCUGAAGGACGUCACUUCGUAUGAAGGAGAAGAUGCAGUGUUUGAAUGCAGACUGUCCCGGGAAACAACUCAGGAUGCUCAGUGGUUCCUGGGGGAUGUUCCCCUGCAAUCCAAUGAAAUGAACGAGAUCAAAGUCCAAGGGACACGUCACACUUUGAUCCUGAGGAAGGUGACACUAGAAGACUGCGGGCCCAUCAGCUUCAAAGUCGGGCAGCAUACCACAGGGGCACAGCUAACAGUCCAAGCUGCUCCGAUCACCUUUGUGAAGUCCCUGCACAGCCUGGAGCUGCAGGAGGGUGGCACAGCCCACUUGUGCUGCGAGGUGUCCCGGCCCGACGUCCCCGUGCAGUGGAAGAAAGGCACGUCUGUCAUCCACUCCAGCCAGAAGUGCAGCAUCAAGCAGGAUGGGAAUGUGCACACGCUGGUCAUUCACGAUUUGGACACUGGGGACUCAGGAGAAUACAGCUGCCACGCAGCCGAUGGGAAGACCACUGCCAGACUAGAAGUUAAAGCCCUCCCCGUGCUUUUCAAACACUGGCUGAAAAACGAGGAGGUGGAGGAAGGGCGCACUGCCAUGCUGCACUGCGAGCUGACAAAGCCCAGCGCGCCCGUGGAGUGGAGGAAAGGAGAUACAGUGCUGCACUCAGGUGACAAGUACGAGAUCCGGCAGGAGGGGACGCGUGUGGAGCUCUUCAUCUAUGAUGCUGAGGCUCAGGAUGCUGGUGAUUACACAUGUGACACAGGGGAUCAACAGACCACAGCAUCAUUGCAAGUCAAAGUACUACCCGUGCUGUUUAAGGAAGAACUGAAAAAUGUGGAGUCUCAAGAAGGGGGGACAGCUAUCUUGCACUGCAAGAUUUCCAAGCCAGAUGCUCCCGUUGAGUGGAGAAAAGGAGGGGUGGUCAUUCAGCCCAGUGACAAGUACGAGAUGAAGCUGAAAGGCAGCACUGCUGAGCUGAUCAUCCACGGCGUGGAGCUCGAUGACUGUGGGGAUUACACCUGCAGCACUGGAUACGAGAUCACCACGGGUUCUGUGUACGUGCAAGAUCCAACCAUUGAAGUGGUCAGUCCCAUGCAGGAUAUAACUGUUGAUGAAGAUGGCACAGCAGAGUUCAUAUGCCAAUAUUCUAGGCCAGUGCACGCCAUAUGGAAGAAAAAUGAUCAGGAAAUACUUGCAGAUGGGCAGCGAGUGAUUAUCGAUCAGGACUGGAAUGUAAGCAUGCUAAAAAUUAAACCUACGGUACCAGAAGACAGUGGCGUCUAUUCUUGUGAAGCUGAAGGCACUAAAGUGAUGGCUGCACUUGAUGUUCAAGCCAAGAACAGCAUUGUCCAGGGCCUGGAGAACGUGGAAGCAGUGGAAGGAGGGGAAGCCCUGUUUGAAUGCUACCUUUCCAAGCCCGAGUGCUACAACUACAACUGGCUGAUUGACGACGAGCCUGCCAAAACCACAGAGAACACGGAGAUGGUUUACUUUGAAAACGGGCGCAGGCAUCUGCUGCUGCUGAAGAACCUCACUUUGCAGGACAGCUGCAGGGUGACUUUUAUGUGCAGUGACGCGGUGACCUCAGCCUUCCUCACGGUGAAAGGAUGGCGCCUGCAGAUCUUGCAGCCUCUCACGGAUGUGGAAGUCUCUCCAGGGCAGAAAGCUACAUUUAGCUGUGCUCUAAGUGAAGCUGUGCCAAUUAACGAAGUUACCUGGUAUUUUAAUGAUGUGGAGAUCCAACCAGAUGAGGACUGGGAGAUACAAGCAGAUGGAAACAAAUACAAACUUAUUCUGAAUAAAGCCCAACCACAUCAUUCAGGAGAGGUGACGUUUGCUUCCAGGGAAGCAAUUGCAUCGGCCAAGUUGUCUGUGCUGGCCCAUCCCGAUCCCCCUGAAGAACCUAAAGUUUUACGUGCGAGCAGUCACUCUGUGACUCUGUCUUGGUACAAGCCGCUGAGCGACGGUGGUUGCGACAUCCUAGGCUACAAAGUGGAGAGAAAAAUCCCAGGUGUUGGCUGGCAGUCAUGCAGCAAGAGCAUCAUUCAAAGCAUGGAGUUCGUGGUGGACAACCUCACCCCUGGCGAGCCCUACAGAUUCCGUGUCUCGGCUGUAAACAAAGUUGGGGCCAGCGAGCCAGUGCACUUCCCUCAAACGGUGCAGCUAGAGCCUUCAGUUACAGUCACCCAUCCUUUGGUGGGUGGAUCAGUCUCCGAAGGGGAGGUGGCUCGCUUGGAGUGCAAAUUAUCAACUGAAAUCAAAGAGAACGUGACAUGGCUCAAAGGAAAAGAACAAAUACAAACUGGAGGAAGAUAUGAAAUCCUCUCUGAUGGAAAAAAACAGAUACUCAUUAUUCAUGCAUUUAAAGCUGAAGAUCAGGAUACAUACACCUGCAUGGUUUCUCCAGAAGUCAAAUCUGUUGCCAGCUUGUGCCUUGAAGUUCCUCCAGCGACAAUGCUAAAAGAGAUUGCCAAGGAAGCCCCCCCUGCAAGCCAACAGGAAGAGCUGGUGGAUGGCCACGUCCAGCCCAGCCUGCCCCCCGAGGCUGCGCAGGAGGGAGACCUUCACCUCCUGUGGGAAGCUCUGGCCAAGAAGCGCCGGAUGAGCCGGGAGCCCACCUUGGAUUCCAUCAGCGAGGUGCCCGAAGAAGACGAGAAGCUUCAGAAGCUGAGGAAGGAAGAAGCAGAGCUGUCUCACUAUUACUCAGAGGAGUACUCCACGUGUGACGAGCUGGCUAGGACAGGAGAAGCAGAUUUCUCUUUCACGAGUUCAGAUGAUGAAUCUAGAGCUGGGACUCCUUCGCUAGUGAACUACCUCAAGAAAGCCGAAAAGAGAAGCGUCAGCGUUACUACCAAGGUUCAGUCCAUCUCCACAGGCAAGUUAUGGAAACAGUGGGAGAAAUCCAGCGUGGAGACCGUUGUGGCUGCUCCAGGUGCUAAGCCAGCUGAACCAGAAGUAGCAGAUUUAGAUGAUCCUUCCAUGAACAAUGCCGCUGUGAAGAUCCAGGCUGCUUUCAAGGGCUACAAAGUCAGGAAAGAGAUGAAGCAACAAGAGUGCCCGGUGUUUACUGAGACCUUCAAAGAUUUCUCGGGUGAGCCUGGAAGCACUCUGCAUCUCGAGUGUGUGGCCCACAGCAAAAGUGACAUGAAGGUCCGCUGGCUGAAGGAUGGGGAGGAGCUGUCAGACGGCCGCCACUAUCACAUCGACAACUACAGCGAUGGGACCUGCUCUUUGAUUAUCACCGGCCUGGAUAGGGAAGAUGCGGGUAAAUACACCUGUGAGGCAUCCAACAGAUUUGGGAAAGUUUCACACAGUGCCAAGGUGGUGAUUGGCACUGAGGAACCUCAAGCGCUCCCCAAGGAGAAGCGUAUUAAACAAAGCACUGAUAGCGAGACAGAAAGCUCCUCUGGCAGCGACCUGGAUGAUGCUUUCCGUAAAGCAGGAAGGAGGCUGCACAGACUGUUCAGGGCCAAGAUCUCAACAGAGAUGUCUGACGUGGAGGAAGAGCUUUUUGUCAGUGCAGACGAAGGGGACGUAGAGGUGGUCGACCAUCAGACGUAUCGUGAGGACGACCGGUACAUUUACAUUAAGUUUGAGAUCUUGUCCGAGGCAAAAACAGCCGCCACUCGUUUCAGAGAGAUGUUUGGUGCUCUGGGGAUUCCCGUGGAGAUCGAUAUUUUGGAACAAGGCCCAAGGAAAAUUGAACUGCGCAUUGGGAAAGCAGCACCGCCCACCCAUGGGAAGUUUGCUCCCCCCGUACUGAGACCACCACCGCCUUUGCUGACUUCUGAUACAGCUCCCAUGUUCCUGACUGAGCUCCAGAACCAAGAGGUACAAGAUGGCUAUCCUGUCAGCUUUGACUGCAUUGUCAUUGGCAAACCCCUCCCCACGGUUCGCUGGUUCAAGGACGGGAAAGCUAUUGAAGAAAAUGAUCACUACAUGAUCAACGAGGACCAGGAAGGGUGCCAUCAGCUGAUCAUCACAGCUGUGGUCCCCACCGACAUGGGUGUUUACCGUUGCCUUGCUGAAAACAACAUGGGAGUGGCUUCAACCAAGGCUGAGCUCCGAGUGGAAUUGACCAGCACUGACUACGAGACAGCAGCAGAUGCAACAGAGACAUCUUCUUACUACAGCGCCAAAGAAUACGUUUCAAGUCGAGAACAAGAGGAGUCUACCACAGAAGAGGAGCAACUGCCCCAGAUCCUGGAUGAUCUUCAUGAUAUCCAUGUGGCACCUGGAGCACCGCUGGCUAAAUUUCACCUGAAGGUGAAAGGGUACCCAGAGCCUCGACUGUAUUGGUUCAAAAAUGGGCAGCCACUGAAGGCCUCGGAUCGAAUCCUGAAGAUUGAUAAAAGGGAAUUCCACUCACUGGAAAUUCUCAAUGUCGUUAAGUCAGAUGCUGGACAGUACUCGAUAUUUGUCAUCAACUCUGCUGGUUCUGCAUAUUCGUCAGCAAGGCUGGUAGUCAAAGAUCCUGAUGAGAAAGAAGUGUCAGAAACAGAUUCCCACGAGCAGCUGAUACCACCAAGGUUCCUAGAAAGGUUUACCAAUAAAAAGGUGAAGAAAGGGGCAAGCAUCACGUUAUCUGUAAAAGUUGAAGGGCAUCCACCACCAGCGAUUACUUGGCUGAAAGAAGAGUCUCAGGAAGACAUCCUGUGGAUCAAACCAGACACUCCUGGAUAUAAACUUGCCAGUUCCAAUAUGCAUCACAGUUUAAUCCUGUUGGAUGUUAAAAAGAAGUACAGUGGAGCUUACACGUGCAUUGCUACCAACAAGGCUGGCCAGUCCAUCUGCACUGCCAACCUAGAAGUUGCAGAUGUGAAAGAGGCUGAAGUCCUGACCCAGGAGCGUGUGAUGGUAUCAGAAGCCAUAAUGACCACCCUGGGAGCUGUUCAUUCCUCUGAAGGAGACCUCGAAGCUGGUAGAGAAGGUGUACCCAAAACCCCUAUUUCAUUAGCUGAUGUCGGAACAGAAGAAUUCUUCCAGAAGCUCACCUCUCGUAUCUCAGAAAUGGUGUCUGCAAAAAUAAGUCAGGCCACGCUCCGAGUACCGGGUGCAGAAAGUGAUGACGAAUCCAAAACCCCCUCUGCAUCUCCUCGCCAUGGCAGAUCCAGGCCUUCAUCCAUUGCUCAAGAGUCCUCCUCUGAAUCUGAAGAUGGGGAUUCCAGAGGAGAGAUCUUUGAUGUCUACAUGGUCACAGCUGACUACGUGCCCGCUGCACCUGACAAGGAGACCAUCACGCUGAAGGAAGGCCAAUAUGUGGAAGUCCUUGAUUCAGCUCAUCCCCUGAAGUGGUUGGUCAGGACCAAACCCACAAAAUCCAGCCCCUCUCGGCAGGGCUGGGUAUCUCCAGCUUAUCUGGACAAGAGAUUAAAGUUGUCACCAGAGUGGGGAACAACAACAGAAGUUCCUGAGUUCCCUGGAGAAUGUGUUUCUGAAGAUGAAUAUAAAAGGAAGCUAAGUGUUCUUAUUCAAGAACUGUUGAUCUCAGAAGAGGAUUACAUUCAAGAUCUACAGUUCCUCCAGACUCAUCACCUUAGGUACACCGAGACCUGUCCCAGUGUCCCGGGAGUUAUUGCCAGUCAGAAAUCCACCAUCUUCAGAAAUAUCGAUGACAUUGCUCGCUUCCAUUCCAGUGUCUUCCUCCGAAGCUUGCAGAAAUGUGACACUGAUGAUGACGUGGCCAUGAGCUUCAUUAAACACGAGGCAGAAUUUAAUAAGUAUAUCCAGUACCUGGUGGGGCGGGUACAGGCAGAGUCGAUUGUUGUCAGCAAAGCUGUCCAGGAUUUCUACAAGAGAUACACAGAUGAAAUUUUAACGAACGAAGAUCCUUCGCAGCCACUUAUCCCACCACUGCAGCACUAUCUGGAAAAACCCAUCAACAGGAUCCAGCAGUAUCAGACUGUUAUCAAGGAAUUAAUCCGAAACAAAGCAAGAAACAGCCAAAACUGCACUUUGCUGGAGCAGGCUUACGCCAUCGUGUCUGCACUCACCCGAAGAGCAGAAAACAACCUCCAUGUCUCACUCAUUGAGAACUACCCAGGGACCUUGGAAAGCCUUGGUGAACCCAUCCGACAGGGCCACUUCAUUGUCUGGGAAGGAGCUCCAGGAGCUAGAAUGGCAUGGAAAGGACACAAAAGACACGUCUUCCUCUUCAGGAAUUAUCUUGUGAUCUGCAAACCAAAGCGAGACACAAAGACAGACACCUACAGUUACAUCUUCAAGAACAUCAUGAAGCUGAACAACAUAGAUGUGAACGACAUUGUGGAAGGGGACGACCGUGCCUUUGAGAUCUGGCACGAGCGGGAAGACUCCGUCCGCAAGUACCUCCUUCAGGCUCGUACCGUGAACAUCAAGAACUCCUGGGUGAAGGAGAUCUGUGGCAUACAGCAGCGAAUCAGCCAGCCUGUCUGGAUCCCUCCAGACUUUGAGGAAGAACUGGCAGACUGUACGGCUGAGCUGGGAGAGACAGUGAAGCUGGCUUGCAGGGUGACGGGAGCUCCCAAGCCAUCUGUCAGCUGGUACAAAGAUGGAAAACCAGUGGAGGUGGAUCCCCAUCACAUUAUAAUAGAAGAUCCCGAUGGUUCCUGCACUUUGAUCUUGGACAACCUAACAGGCGUUGACUCGGGACAGUACAUGUGCUUUGCUUCCAGUCCUGCAGGAAAUGCCAGUACCUUAGGAAAGAUCCUUGUUCAAGUGCCACCACGGUUUGUGAACAAGGUUAGAAAUGCUUAUUUUGUCGAGGGUGAGGAUGCUCAAUUUACCUGCACUGUCGAAGGAGCACCAAGGCCUCAGAUCAGAUGGUACAAGGAUGGCGUACUGUUGAAGGACACAAAUAAGUACCAGACUUUCAGUGAACCACGGAGUGGUAUUGUAGUCCUGGUGGUCAAGAACCCUUCCAAUGAAGAUAUGGGGCACUACGAAUGUGAACUGGUGAACAGAUUAGGGUCAGCAAAAAGUGGAGCAGAACUUUACCAUCACACUGCUGCAGCCCUGACCCAGGAGAGAAGAGGAGACCAAGCCAUUACCAUAGAAGGAAAGCGUUCCCCGCGGUCAGAGCUGGAGACCUCUGUCCAGGCCUCCCUUCAGCGUGCUGAUAAGGAGAUCAAGACAGCUCUGAAGAAGCUCGUGGACUCAGCAUCACAGCUUGUGACUCUUCCCCCAGACACACGAGGAGGCGGCCUUGGCCUACAUGGAGCGGCUGGGCCUCUACUGCUCCAUGAAGCCAGCACCCAAACCCAGGCUGUUGGGGGGCAGGGCAAAGCACAAACGCAGAUUCCAACUGAAGAACCAAGGGCGCCAAUGCCCAGCCCUGGUCGUUCCCAUGAAGAGACAGCUACUAGAGCUGAAAGCACUCAGGAGCACACAGUUCCCAUUUCCAGAGUUCCACCGGCUGCGGGGACAGGUGACUGGUACAGGAGAGAAGGGGAUGUGGUCUGGGACGUGCACAGUGAAGUUUAUAUUGAGACCACGGAAAGAACUUGUGUGUAUAAGACUGAGGAGAAGACCCCAACAAGUCCUCCCUAUAUGCAAGUGACAAUAGAGGAUGUGCAGGUGAAUUCCGGGGAGAGUGCCAAAUUUCAGGCAGUCAUUGAAGGAACCCCUCCGCCCACUGUUCUGUGGUUUAAGGGCACUACGCUGCUGACAGACAGCGAUAGGCUCCAUCAAGGGAAGGCAGGAACGACCUAUUUCUUAAUCCUGGACAAGGUUGUCUCAGAAGACGGUGGUGUUUAUACCUGUGUUGCCAAAAACGCAGGAGGGGAGGUCUUGUGCAAAGCAGAGCUCGUUGUGCAUGAAGCUAAGAAAGACCAAGCAGCAAAGAAAGUGGCCACCCGGAGGAAACUCCAUUCCUUGUAUGAGGUUAAGCAGGAGAUCGGAAGGGGCUGCUUCAGCUUUGUGAAACGAGUUGUACACAAAGGGAACAGAGUGUCUUGUGCUGCCAAAUUCAUCCCUCUGCGAAGCAAAACGAGGGCUCGAGCGCAUCAGGAGAGGGACAUACUCGCCUCUCUGUCCCACGACAGGAUCACCAGGCUGCUGGAUCAGUUUGAAACACGGAAAACCCUGAUUUUGAUCUUGGAGUUAUGCUCCAGCGAAGAGCUCCUCGACCGUUUAUUCAAGAAGAGUGUGGUCACUGAAGCAGAGGUGAAAUUGUAUAUAAAGCAAAUUUUGGAAGGAAUCAAUUAUCUUCAUAACAACAACAUCCUUCAUUUGGACAUUAAGCCUCUGAAUAUCCUCAUGGUUUAUCCUGAGAGGGAAGACCUUAAGAUCUGUGACUUUGGGUUUGCUCAGAAGAUCACGCCCUUGGAGCCUCAGUUCAGCAAAUAUGGGUCUCCAGAAUUCGUUGCCCCAGAAAUUGUCUCUCAAUCACCGGUGUCGAAAGCAACUGAUAUCUGGGCUGUUGGAGUCAUCACCUAUUUAAGCCUGACGUGCAAGUCUCCAUUUGCUGGGGAGAAUGACAGAGGAACCCUUCUAAAUAUCCAGAAGGGAGACGUUUCAUGGACCGCUCCCGAUUUUGUUCACCUGAGUGAAGACGCAAAAGAUUUUAUAAAGCGGAUCCUACAGCAGCAGCCCAGAGACAGGCCUGGCGCUUCGGACUGCCUUUCCCACAGGUGGUUCAUGCACAAUCUCCCCCUCGAAGAGGCUCAUUUCAUUAACACCAAGCAGCUCAAAUUCAUUGUGGCUCGGAGCAAGUGGCAGCGGUCGCUGAUGUGCUAUAAAUCCAUCCUGGUGAUGCGAUCCAUCCCAGAAAUCCUAGAAAGGACGCACGACAACACCUCCCUGGCCAUCUCCAGGCACCUGAUUGAGGAGAGCACUUCCUCCAGCACCAGCGGCUCGUCUUCGGACAACGAGAACUCGCACUUCCCCAAGAAGGGGCACUUUGGUUCUACACCCGAACUGCACCUGUCCAUAUUUGAUGCACCGAGCAGUCAGGAGCCUCCAAGGCACGUAAGCGAAGAGAAGCACUCCGGAUUCUCAGUCCCUCCUGUAAAACCCACGAGGAGGAAGUACGCUGCAGUGAAAAGCGAAGCGGGGGACAAAUCGCCUACAGAGAGCCAAGAGCUUGGGGCGAGCAUUUUAAAAGAGAAAGAGGAAGGGCUUCAUCCCAGGAUUCAAGAUGAAAGAGGAGAGCGGUCCCAAAGAAGUCAUGCAGCUGAGCCUUCAUCAGUGAAGACUUCCGCAGAAAGCCCACCAGAUCAAAAACAGAAGCCGGACAUAGUUGUAUCUGAAAUGGACAGAGCUGAAAAGGCUGGGGGUGGGACAGAAAAGCCACCUGUGUGUGUUCCUCGACAGAGUGUCAUUAAAAGCACUUUCUACAGCCAAGCAGCCGAGCUCCCUGCGAGGGCACCUUCCUCUCCGGGCAGGGAGCUCAGGAGGCACCUGGACAGGGCCAGGAGGACGUUCCGGAAAGCUGGGUAUUCCAAGGUGCCCCUCAGUGGUCUCCGUGAACCCCUUCUGGAACAGUUCGAACUGGAAGAAGAGGAGAGCAAGGCUGGAGAUGAGCACAGGGAGAGUCUGCUUGGUUCCCUGACCAAGUCAGCUUCAUUUGAUACUGCGAGGAAACCACCGCAUCCUGCCAUCGCUGGCUCGAGCCGAAGUCGUUCCCUGGAUGACUACAGGCUGAGAGCCUCCAGAUCUGUGAGGGAACAAGAUAUUUUGGAAGAAGACUAUGAUAUCACGGCACAGGAAAGUUGCCCCGAGGGCAGCGAGCACUGCGACUUUCCUGCAAAGCCAGGCAAGGGAGGUGCUGCAGGCACUUCGAAGCAAGGAGACGUUAGGACAGCCGGCAAGGACUGCUCGGGAGAGCAGCUCUCUCCUUCCACACACUGUGAGGGCAGUGGGUGCCCGUCUGUUUCUUUGCAACAGCUCGAGAGACUUCCAGCGUCACCUCACAGAAGCGAGAAUAGGAAGCAUUUACUGAAGAAGUCAAAGGCUACUUAUAUUGAGGAGGAAGAUUUGGAAGGCAAAAGCCCCGUUCCGUCUGCCCAGCACUCAGACUUAGCCAUGCCAACAGCUCAAAAACAUGAAAUCCCAGAGGCUGUGUCUAUCCCUGGAGCUUCUGACGUGGCUUUGCAGGGGGGUGAGCAGGCCACUUCGGCUCUGCCACAGCCAGAAUCCACCUCCAGGUCCGCCCCUGGAGCGUGCCCCCCACCCCAGGACUCUGCUCACAGCCCUCCUGACCUACAAGGGGAAGGCUUCCUCAUCAAAAGGGCAGCCCCGGCUGCUCCUUGGACGGACAAAAAGCGGAAACAAUCCCAUGAGAAGCCUUCUGCUCCCAGCGCUGCCACCUCUGAUCUCAUGGAGCAUGAAAGCUCUGCUGCUUUAACAGGCCUGCGGACAGAAAUUGAUUGCUUUCCAGAAUAUAAAGGCAAAACUCGGCAACUUUCUGAUGAAAGCAUUCUGGCGCCUGCUGCCUUGGGGGGCAAAGAGCCAGGUAUCCCACCCGUUCCUCAAACAGCUGAUAAAGAUGCUCACCAGAAGCUGAAGAGCUCUAAAGAGGUGAGACCUACUGUCCUGGAGGACGUGGGACCCGCUGUUGCAGGGAUCACCUCACUUGCAGCCCGUGAUGGUGAAAGUCAAGCCCACAAGAAGGCUUCUGCUCAUGCAGACACAUCAGCCAUGCCAAAGGGGGAGCAUCCAGUUGUUCCCAAAGUCCCACCACCAAAACCAGUGCGAACUUCCAUCGCUGGCAGAGCGCAGCACACUGAAUGGCCAGCUCGCAGCAAGGAGAGGCCUGCUGCUCUGAGGAGUGAAGGUCCAUCUGUCAUAGAGGUUGUUCCCAGUUUGGUCCAUGAAGCUGAAAUCAAGGGAGCUGAACCCCAGCAGGUUCCUGAAGGCAGUGGCACAGCACCUGCUGCUCUGGAGGGCAGACACCCAGCUGUAACCGCUUCGUCCCAAAAACCUCGUCUCCCUUCAGUCCAUGAGAUUGAAAGGCAAGAACACCUGAAGGCAUCAUUUCCCAGCGAGGUGAGAUCCAUCGUCACAACAAGUGGAAGCCCAGGGGCUGGACAGACCUCGUCUGCUGCAUUCCCCAAGAGUGGAAGUCAGGUGUUGGAGCAGCACAAGGCUCCUUAUCCUAGUGGGAAAGUUUCUGCUGCUCAGGAGGGUGUGCACCCAACCAUCUUAGCUGCUCCACCACCAGAAGUUCAGUCUCCAGCUUCAGUCUAUCAGCUGGAAUAUGAGGAACAGCUGAUGAUUUAUGGUGAGGACAGAGAUACUGCCUUGGGAAGUGGAAGCUGCGAUGCUGGAAAACCUGUUCCACCGUCGCUCCUCAGGGAUGGAAGUCAGGAGCUCUCACAGCACAGGUCUUCUUUUUACAGUGAUGAGGAAUCUGCUGCCCUGGAGGGUUUGGUGGACGAGAUGGUUUCCCUCUCUGAAGAGAUGAACGUGUGGGCAGAGUCAGUUGCUGGUCAGGAGGAGUGCAGAAAGCACAUCUCUGCUCCCACGGAUACGUUCUACAAAGGCCCAGAUGGCCAAGCACCUACAGACAUCUCCUGCCACACUGUACAAAGUAAAAUAGAAGAACUAUCUGAGCUGGAUGAUCUGGCUGAAUCCUAUUUUGCCCUGAGCGAGGAGUCAGCAGCAGUGCAAGGGCAGCGAGCUCAAAUGGUGCCUGGGGAAUGUGAACACCUGGAGGACUUAGCACUGGAGAGCCCCAGUUCCAGCCAAGAGAGCGUUCCCCCAGUGGACAGCUCUGCUGUUGGAAAAGCCCCCAGCCAAGUGCCAGUGAACAAGGGCACUGGUAGGCACCCAGAAGUUUCUCUGGUGAAAAUCAAAGACCUGUCGGAUGAAACACCCUGUCUUGGCAGCGGAACUCCCAAACUCGACAUAUCGGAGGUAGAGCCUGCCUAUUUGAAUUUCUCGGAUUUGUAUGACAUUGUCUAUUUUCCAUUUGAGUUUAUGAAUUUUAGGAAGCCUCAGCCCAAACCAACGGGCAGACGGUUUAUACCUUUAAGUGAAAGGGCAAGGUCACCUCCCAGGGGCCAUCUGCAUAAGGAGAAGAGGCUGUGCAUCAGAGAAGAGGCAGAAGGAAAGAAAGGGAAGAACCAUUUGGAAAUAUCUGAGGAUUCCAAGGGGGCUAACCUGUUAGCCACGGGAAAAGUGCCAGAGAGUCACAGGGAAAUGUACGGCCCUCAGAAGGACUCGAGUGGUAAGCAGAAAAGCUCUUUCUCCAGCAAGCCCGGGCUCUUUAAGCCUUAUGGAAGGUCUCAUUCGGCGGAGCGGUCAGUGGAGCAGAGUCUGAAGAAGAAAGUAAAAGCUUCUGUUGCCCAUAUUUCAAGGAUCCUAAAAGGAAAGAUAUCUCCAGAGCCAGAGUCAGAGGAAGAGUUUGGCGAGCUGGGAAGUGAGGCAGUAGAAAAAGAGCCCGUAACGGGGGCCGAAGGAUCUCUGAAGUGGAAAUCAGGACUUCCUUCGUUCAGAUUACCAAGCCUCAUGCCAAAAGAGAAAGCACCCUCGUUCGUUGAGGAGCUCCUGGACCAGGCGGCUGCAGCGGGGCAGUGCGUGACGCUGUCGUGCCGGACGGCCCCUCACUCCUCCCUGCACAUCCGCUGGUUCAGAGAUGGGAUACCAGUCCACAGCAGCAGUCGGAUCCUCAUCUCAUCCACACUCAAGCACUUCCAGCUGUUAACUAUUCUCUCUGUCAGUGCUGAGGAUUUUGGCAUUUACACCUGUGUGGCCACCAGCUCCCUGGGCUCAGCAUCCACCUCUUGCGUUGUAAGGAAAGCAGAAGUUCCUCCCAGCCCUGCUCCCCCCGACGUCGUGGAGGUCUAUGAGGAUGGAGCACAGGUGGUCUGGAAGCCUGUGGAAACCAACACCUCUGUCCGUUACACUGUCCAGUGCAAGAGUGAAGAUGGGGAGUGGACGACUCUUGCUGCUGACAUCGCUGACUGCUGCUACUAUGCCAGAAAUCUCUCCAGAGGUGUUACCUAUUGCUUCAGGAUAGCCUGCACCAGUAAGGCAGGAAUGGGCCCUUACAGCAGCCCAUCUGCCACAGUGAAAACCAUUGGGAAGGAUCAACUGGAAUUUCCUGCUGCAACGCAGAACUUCUCAGCAGCUGAGGAAGAGAGUGAAAUAAUUGCACCACCCGAACCUUUCCCAACCUACCAGACCUAUGCCUUCCAAACAGAGAUCAAAAGGGGGCGGUUCAGCAUCGUCCGACAGUGCAGGGAAAAAGUAAGCGGCAAGACUUUAGCUGCUAAAAUUAUCCCUUACUGGCAAGAGGACAAGCAGAGCGUGCUGCUGGAGUACCAGGUCCUCAGGAAGCUUCAUCACACCAACAUAGCUCAGCUGAAGGGAGCUUACGUCAGCCCCCGGCACCUGGUGUUGAUCCAGGAGAUGUGCGUGGGACCAGAACUACUCCACUCUUUGGCAUUACGGACAUCAUACUCAGAGGUGGAAGUCCGAGAUUACCUGUGGCAGAUCCUCAGUGCCAUUGAGUACCUCCACGCACACAGCAUCCUGCACUUGGAUCUCAGGUCCGAAAACAUGAUCAUCACCGAGCCCAACCUGCUGAAGCUCCUGGAUUUUGGCAAUGCACAGUUCUACACACAAGACAAGGUCAUUACCAUGGAUAAAUGCAUGGACUAUGUUGAAACCAUGGCUCCAGAACUGCUGACAGAGCAAGGAGCCCUCCCGCAGACUGAUAUCUGGUCCGUUGGAAUCACGGCAUUCAUCAUGCUGAGCGCCAACUACCCCGUCAGCUCUGAUGUGCCCUGCGAGUUCCUGAGAACGACCAGGAAGGGGAAGGUGAAGCUGACGCGGUGCUACGCGGGUCUCUCCGGAGGAGCAGUGUCAUUUCUCCAGAGCACCCUGUGUGCAAAUCCCUGGGGAAGACCGUCAGCCUCCGAGUGCCUUCAGAGCCCAUGGCUCCAGGAGACGGGUUUGGACAACAGGCAGCAAGCGCUGGUUACCUUCCCCACCACCAAACUGAGGAAUUUCCUCACUGAUCGGGAAAAGAAAAGGGGCCUGCUGUGCUCCAAGUACGGCCUCAUGAUUGCACAGUGAAGGGGAUGUGGCGAGAGGCACGGAUCGCCUCCCGCUCCCCUGCUGCACUCGGUGUUGGGUAGCAAACUGUUCUGUCGAGUUACGGCGCGUCAGCUGAAUAGCUGACUUUGCUCUCUGUGAAUGCCAUUUAGCAUAACUAAGCGAAUUAGCCCAUUGCCACAUGGUAAGAGCAGAAAUGCAAACAGUGAACGUGGCUCAGCUGACAGACGGUAACUUGACAUUACGUGGGUCACUUGGCUCUGUGCUGCCAGGAUCAGGCAGGAAAGAUUUGCAGAGCCCUUUCUGAACGGGACUAGCUGCUAGCCCCAGACAGCUUUGCAAAUCUUUACCUGAGGUCAGAAAGGCUCCAGGUGUGCAAACACUGGGCACUGACUUCUGCCCCGGCCCCAGGAUGCUAGCACCAUGCACUUUCAGAUGUUACUGGACUGCUUAUCCCAUUGCUACAAGGACUGAGAGACUGGUGGGCUUCUGGCCUGCCUCCUGGGUUGGACUAGAUGAGCUCCAGAGGUGCCUUCCAACCCGUCCAGUUCUGGGAUUCUGCGAAAUCCAAAAGAAAAUGGACAACAUCUGUAAAGGGAAAACAUCUCUCAUAUGAACUCAGAGAAGGUGAUAGUGGGAGUGGGGAAACAGAAAAUAAGUCAGAAAGAUUCACUGUGCAGAAACAGUGCAGAGCACGGCACUUUUGGGAGCUGACGCCAGGCAGCAACGUAUCCUAAGGCUUUGGAUGUGCAGAUCCAACUGGAUAAAGCCCUGAGCAGCUCAGUGUGAGCAGAGGGUUGAACCAGAGACCUCGUGAGUCCCUCCCAAUGUGACACGUCCUGUGUUGCUAUGUCUGUGACGUGCCCCGUGAUGCCAUGUCUUUGCCUCGUGCCAGACACAGGGUUGGGUGAUGGGACUCUGGUGGCAUCCGUUGGCCAGGCUCAGCACGUUGUACCUGUAGCACAGGGUGAGUGCAGGGAAGGGAGCAGCACUGGGGCUUUCCAGUAACUGAUCAGUUGCAACAUCUGUCCUCAUCCUGCACGAAGCCGUAGCCUGCUCUCCCUUGGGCUCAAGUUAACCACCUGUUGUAGAGUCUACCAGCCCUCCAUGGGCACUUCUGCUGCUGAUGCUGCAGAGCUGGACAUGUUCCUCAAGGGGUUCAUGGUCUGCAGGCACCACAAAACUUGGUUUUUGGGGGCGUGUAUUUGAAAUUUAGACCUAGAUGACUGGCCUACCCAUCACACAGGACGUCACAACAACCCCUCAUCUGCCCCACUGCAUCUACAGCAGUUUGUUUUCAGAUUUUUCAGGAAAAGCCCAGGGCAUCCUGAACGCUGUGGUCCUCUUUCUUCAAGAUCUGCUGAGGGUGGUGUUCGCUGUGUCGUUGCUUUGUGCCUAUAACCUCCGUGUUCCUUUGGGUUUCUCUGACGUGAGUGAUGUAUCUAUGGGUGCAGUUGGGUUUCUUGUGUUUUCCCUACCUGCAGCAUGUAAGCAGAGGCUUUCUCCAAGCUGCACCUCACUGUGUUCAGAGGGUCGAGGAUGGGAAAUCAGUUCCUAAUAUGUUACAGUUUAAUACUAGACACGAUGCUGUUUAGACAGUGGGGAUCUUUUCCAACACAUUUAACCCACGUUGCUCCACACCUGAAGCUUGCAGCACCAUGACUGCUCCUCCUGCAUUGUGUGCCGAGCAAACUGGGGGCAAAGCAGUCCCCACUGUGCUGUGCAGAGCAGACACUGCUUCGUCAGACUGUACAUCUUUGAACAUCAGGGCAGUGCUGUCUUCACAGUGCACUAGGGAUGAGAAGAGCAAUUUCGAGGAGUUAGGGGAAGACAGCGUGAUGAGGUCUGGUCUAUGAACUUUCCAGGACCAGUAAGGUCUCUGUUGGCACGGUCUGGUUUUUCCUCUUGCUGCUACGCUUUGGGAUGGACUGCUCGGUGCCAGGGGACAGCCCAUCUAAGCAUAAACUUUGAGUGCAGAUUAACCCAUUUGGAGCUUUUACACUAUUCCUCAAAUUAAGUGGUUUUUGCUUCUCACACUUGCAUGCGUUUGAGCAUGUCUGAAGUCUUUAUUUAUAGACUCAAUAUUGUUUUGUUAAAUUGUCUCUUCUGGCAAGGAAUUAAAGCCAGAUUUUUCUGCUGAA